ACAAAGAUUAUGUUUUCAAUUGAAAAAACAAGAAAUGUUUUUAGAAUAUCCCCAGUCUAAGGACGCCGAUGAUUCUUUUGAUUGGGAAAAACAUGAUGUUGGUAAAAACGGAAAUCAUACGAAACAUUACGAAAAAAAACUUACCGGAAAUGCCCAUACUUUAGCUGGUGAAGGAGAAACGAGAGGAUUUUCUGGUACUGAUGAUCGUAACGAUACUAUUCCUGAAUCAGUUAUUCCAAAGCGAUUACCAUCUCAAGAGGGAACAAAUGGAAAAAUGCUGCAUACACUAUCGAGAACAGUAAAUAGUAAAUAUAAAAUAAAAUGA